AUGACGUCGUCAAAGAAACAUCACAAGGAGAAAGUUAUUCGCCGCAAAGAGGAGAAAGCAGAACAGCCGGAGUUGCCAAAAUACAGAGACAGAGCAAAGGAGCGAAGAGAAGAUCAAAAUCCUGAUUAUGAGCAGACUGAAUUGGGUUCUUUUCAUGCCGUUGCGCCUCCUGGAAAUGUUGAUCUCCGGGCAGCUGAAGCACAGAAGUUAUCCAUUGAGAAGAGCAAGUAUCUUGGAGGUGAUGUGGAACACACGCAUUUGGUCAAAGGAUUGGAUUACGCUUUACUUAACAAAAUAAGAAGCGAGAUUGACAAAAAGCCAGAUGCUGAAGAUGAGGCUGAUGCAAAAUCUAGGGCAUCUAAGGAAGACCAAAAAUUGUCAUUUCGAACUGCAACUGCAAAGUCGGUGUAUCAAUGCAUAGUCAAGCCACAAGCUGUUAUAAAAACCAAUGAGAUGUUCCUUCCUGGUAGGAUGUCAUUUAUUUUCAACAUGGAGGGUGGAUACACUCAUGAUAUCCCAACCACCUUGCAUAGGAGCAAAGCCGACUGUCCGCAACCAGAGGAAAUGGUAACUGUCAGUGUUGAUGGUUCUGUGCUUGAUCGAAUUGCUAAAAUUAUGUCAUAUCUUCGUCUUGGAUCUUCUGGAAAGGUUCUCAAGAAGAAAAAGAAGGAGAAAGAUGCAAAAGUUAUAGGAAAGAUUUCAAUUAUUGGUAAUGAAUAUGUUGAAGAGGAUAAGCCCUCGAAGCCUGAUGCUGGGACUUCGAAGAAUGAAACUAAAAGAGAGAUUUUGCCUCCGCCUCCACCUCCACCUCCUGGUCCUCCCCCUAGGAAAAAUCAUUUAGAUUCAAAAGCACAACAAGGCCCAACUAUGGCUAGAGCAGAUGAGGAUGACAUUUUUGUUGGGGAUGGUGUUGACUAUGCUAUUCCUGGUAAGGAUUUGAGUCAAAGCCCUCUCUCUGAGGACAUGGAAGAGUCUCCCCGGAACAAGGAAAAAGUUUCUUAUUUUGAUGAACCUGUUUAUGGUCCCGUCCAACCCUAUGGGGCGCCUCAGGAAUGGCAAGAAACAAAUGGAUACGAUGCAACACAAACACAAAUGGCUGGGGCCUACCAGGGUGAGUGGCCAGCGGAGUACCAAUAUGCUGAGCAAAUGGCUUAUCCUGAACAGUACCUCCAGCCAAAUAUGGAGGGUUAUGAUGUGGAAGCAGGCCUAAACAUACAGGAUCCACGCUUUAUGACUCAAGAAGAGAAGGAUCGGGGUUUAGGAUCUGUGUUCAAGCGUGAUGACCAAAGACUUCAACAAUUGAGGGAGAAAGAUGCCCGAGAAAAGGAUCCCAACUUCAUCUCAGAGAGUUAUUCUGAAUGUUACCCUGGCUAUCAAGAGUAUAAUCGGGAGAUCGUUGACAGCGACGAUGAAGAUGACUUGUCAAAAAUGGAUAUGGGUGGACGAGCUAAGGGUCGUCUUCACCGAUGGGACUUUGAGACGGAAGAAGAAUGGGCAACAUACAAUGAGCAGAAGGAAGCUAUGCCAAAGGCAGCAUUCCAGUUUGGCGUGAAGAUGCAAGAUGGUCGAAAGACACGAAAGCAAAACAAGGACCAGAAGAUCACUAAUGAUCUGCACAAGAUCAACAAGAUACUUGCCAGAAAGAAGAUGGAUAAGGACAUCGAUGGAGAGGGGGGUGGCGGCGGCCAUUACGACGAUGAUGUACAGCCUGGCAAGAAGCUUCGUGUUUGA